UUUACAAACCACGUUUAGAAAUAAUGAAAAGACGGUUUCUGUCGAGGGAGGCAUUGAAGUUAUUGGCUGUGGGAGAAGGAACCUUACAAAAAUGAGCAUUGUAUCGGCAUAUGGUGCAGGACGAUUUAAAAACAAACGAGGCCCAGACGGUAGCUAGAGUACAGGCACUUCGAAGCAAAACUAGCCAUCUCUCAAGUGAGGUACGAAAGAUGUUAAAUACCAACGUAGUGGUGGAGGAUAAUCAAGUUAUCAGGCUUGUCCUCGAUUUCUUGGACUCCAGAAAGCUUCAUAACUCCAUGAGAAGUCUGGAGAAAGAAUCUGGAAUCGUUAACUGUGGUUUCUCAGAUGACAUUCUGUUUUUGAGAGACCUUGUUCUCGACGGCGAGUGGGAGGCCAUAUUGAUCUUUGCUCAGCCAUUUGAAGGCAUCAACGAGUUUGAUUCAAAACAGUUCCGUUAUCUUGUUUUGAAGCAGAAGUUUAUGGAAGUGUUGUACUUCAAGUCGGGUUUUGGUGGAAAUUCAACAAGCUACUCGAUUGAGGAUUUAAUAAAGUGUCUGAAUCAACUGGAAGAAGACUGCCCAAACAAAGCUGAAUACAGCAAACUAUGUUGGCUAUUGACUGUUCCUAAUUUAUCUGAACAACCGGAAUAUCGCGACUGGAACCCCACAACUGCAAGGAUAAGUUGCUUUGAUCAUAUUCUUGAUUUAUUGCGGAAGGUCAUUCCCAUCGAGAAAAAAGGUGUAAAUGGGAAAUUUCCAAAACCGUUGAUUCCAAUUAGAGACAGGUUAUUGCACUUAUUAAUCAAGGGAUUGUGUUUCGAGAGUUGUGUGGAUUAUUGUCAGAUGAGAGCAAUUAAUGGAAAUCUCUCAGGGGAGCUUGAUGUUUGCGUUGGAGACAAUAUUUUAAAUGGGCCAUCACAAGAGAGUUCUGGAAAUUUCUUGUCUUGGCUCAGAAAUCUCUCUCAAGAUGCAUUCAUCACACCCUUUGAACCAGUAAGUUUAGAAGUGGACUUGAAGAAAGGAAAACACACACCUGGUUUCUUAUAUCACAAAUCUCCUAAAAGAGAUGAUGCUGAAAUUAUUUCAAGGAGUUUGUCUCUCUCAGGGAGGCCAGCCACAGCAGAUAUGGCUUCACACCCGUCGAGGUUGGAAACAGAAGGAAACAGGGGAACAUUAUCUGAAAACCGACCACAUUCUAACAAACCUCUCAGAGGAAUUUCACAAUCAUAUAAUGAGUUUCACUACAAAGGCUCUUCAGAAAAUGAGCCGUUGAAUAAUGCAGGAAAUAUUGGCCUCUCUAAAAGUAGAUUAGACUCUAGACUUGAGGGUGAAGAAAAAGUUUUGGCGGAAACUGAUAUCCCAGAUGAUGAUACGAAUCAUGUUGAACAUGGGCAGGAGCUCUCUCAACACUUAGUUGCUAAUGGUACAGACUCAAGUGGUGAUCCUGGGACUAUUCAUGCACUGAAGGAGCAGCAACAACAAAAUGUUUUGAAGCAGCUUGAAGCCUAUGAGAGGCAGAAGCAAGAUCUUGAACAGCAACUUCUAGAACUGUCUUUGAGAGAGACUGCUAAUAAAAAACCUGAUGGAACUGAUAGUAUAACAUCUCAGCUGCUUAAUGAAAGACCAGAAUCCAGCGAUUCUUCCAAUGGCUCUCGCAACAAACUCUUAUCCAAUGAUAUGGGUUUUCAAAGUUAUCCACAGAGCUCAGUGCAAGUAAGUACGAGUCAUCAACCAAAUGGUAAGGCAUUAAUUCGUGGUCCAUCAGAAGGAAAUCUGAAUCAUGUUAACAGUGAGGAUUACCUGCCAUGGGCUCAAGGCAGCUGUCAAAUACCUGAGGGUGUAAGGCCAUUUCUAAGUCAUGAGAAAAGUGAUGCAAGUGGUUUUUCAGUCACUCAAGUCAUGACAUCAACUCCUGCUACAAAACCAAAGCAUAAACCAGAGGAUUUAACCUUGGCAGAUAUGAAGGGGAAUCCUACUACCUAUGAUGGAAUACCAAUUACACCAGCAGAGCAAACAUUUCCUAACACUCCAGUAUUAAAUGGACAUCCACCUUUCGGAACAGGUCACUGGGUUGCCCUAGCUGAUGGUUCAGGAGUUUUAAACACCAGUACACCCAAGUCCACUAGGCAGGGAUUAUCAUCUACUACAGCACCACUUGCAUCCCCUAUCCUGCAUGUAGAUGGUUCCACACCCCCAUGUGGCAUUCCUCUUGGUUAUGUCAAGGAAACACCUAAAUUUGUUGCGGAAUGCAAAAGAACAGAAUCACCCAUGCUCCCUGUAUUAGCUGCUGACACAGUAAUGGACAUGGAGAACGGUGUCUCCCACAAUCAACAGAUCCCUAUGAAACGAGGACCUAAAGUCAAUGGUGUGCGCCGAGCCUUGGUGCCACAGGGUGGUGGUACACACAAGAUUGGGGCCAUGGGGGAAAAUAAGGACAUUAUAAUCCCAUUUCAAGGUGAGGGUAUCAGUACUAAUGUGCCCACACCAGAGAUGAUUAAAUCCGCCAACAUCGGGAGCAACACACCUGCCAGUCACCAAAUGCAGUCCCCUAAUGUGAAGGUAGAAGCAGUGUCACAAGGUUUGAAGGAGGGAGCAGCAACAGAAAAUGGACAACCUAAAAGAAGUGGGAUGACAUUUGUAGUGGACUCAAGAGCAGAGAACUCAAGAGCUCCAAGUGGUAAUCUACAUCCAGCAGAAGUAAAAAUGACCCAAACAGAACCUGACAGUGUCAUUCAGAAAGAGAGAGAAAUGGGGACAGUUAACAUGACAUACCGUAAACCUUCCACCAAUUCACCACCAAACAACACCACCGUUACCAUCAACAAUGGUAACUAUAGAAAUUAUGUUUCACUCCUGGAAAAACAGAAACAAUUUCUGCAGUCAUCCUCUGAGGCCAAGUUUUAUACAGUGGCUACACUAGAAGAUGUGCAAGCUAUCAGAGCAAUAGCAUUUCAUCCAUCAGGAGAUUUGUUUGCUAUUGGAUCAAAUUCCAAGACUUUAAGAGUGUGCACAGCUGAAGGGUUGAAUUCCCAGAGGAGAGUGGAAAGUAAAGGCAGUGGCCAACCUCCACAACCAACCAUUCUCUUCAAAAGCAACCGUCAUCACCGGGGCUCCAUUUAUUGUGUAGCAUGGAGUGCCACAGGAGAUGUAAUAGCUACAGGAUCAAAUGAUAAAAGCAUAAAGAUGACCAGGUUUGAUGCUGAAACCUGUUCUGUGACUUGGCCAGGGCUGGAGCUUGCUAUCCACAAUGGUACAGUCAGGGACCUGGCCUUUGUUUCCCGAGCCAGUGGGACACCAGUGCUAGUGUCUGGAGGAGCAGGAGAUGGAAAUAUUAUGAUCUCUGACUGCAGUACUGGUCAGACGAUAGGACAACUCAAAGGUCACUCAGGACACGUCAUGGCUGUGUAUGCUGACAGUGAUGAUAUCAUAGCCUCAGGGUCUGCAGAUAAUACUGUAAGGCUGUGGGACCUGAGGUCACAGAGAUGUAUAGAUGCCGUAGCCACUGGUGAUAGCUGUGUGGCAUCUGUUUGUGUAAACUCAUCGGGCAACAUGUUAGCUUCAGGCCAAGAAGAUGGUAGCUGUAUGAUCUAUGACAUUACAGCCGGGAGAACCCUACAGCUUUUCAAGCCACACACAAUGGAUUGUAGAUCAGUACGUUUUUCACCUGAUAAUAACUUUCUUUUGACCGGAUCCUAUGACUGUAGUAUCAUCUUGAUGGACAUGAGGAAAGACUUAGAGACACAAAUACCACCUUACUCUGUAGUGGCUCAUCAUAGAGACAAAGUCAUCCAGUGCCGUUGGCACCCUACCCUUCUUGCUUUCCUGAGCUCUAGUGCAGACAGAACUGUCAGCCUUUGGGCUCCAGACUGCUAAAAAAAUGGGAAGUGCAUUUAAAGUUUGGCCUCUUUAGGGUAUAGCAGAGCUUGUUGAAUGUUUCCUCUUUCAUGAUGGACACUUUUGAAGAUAAUAAAUAGCUGUACAGCAUGCAGUUUUUAAGUGCAGAACACAGUUACAGAUUUCAGUCAAGUGUUUAAAGCAUUUGAGACUUUGAUUUGAAGUGAUGAUGCCUAUUGAAUGAAAUUGAAAUGAUCUCCUAGUUAGCUCAGCUCAUUUUUUGCCAUCACAUUAUACCCAGAGAGAUCUUUGCCACAGGCAUGCAGUACUGCAGUGACCUUAGCACAGAGAAGAUCUAGUUGAAAUCUUGCAAAUUUGUGCAACACACAUCUAAAGACAUCUUUCACCUUGAAAAUAAUUUACAUACAUUCAGAAUUUCAUGUACUUACAUGACACUAUCAUCAAUCAGGCACCUAUCAGUUUUUAAGACAAAUUAUUUAUAACAUAUAGAUACUGAACUUGUAAAAAUUAACUACCUGUAAUAAUUAAUGAUACACGGUACCAAGUAAUAAGCUGGUGUAGAUUCUCGAGUUGAUGUGAACCCUGGUCAACGAUGCACCCUCACCCCAAAAGAAAUGCAAAGGAAUUACACCUUGCACUGAUGGUUGUCAUGUAUAAGCAUGGCUUGUGAAUCCUUAAACUUGUAACCAAAUUGUUUCUAGUUUUUGUUUACAACCUAUGUUAAUUUUUCUCAACCUCAUUUAGUUUCGUUUUGCUGUUUGUUUUUUCUUCUUCUUUGUUUUGUUUUGUCUUUGCAUGUUGGUUAAUUAGCAGUGAAUGACAUAACUCUCUUACAUAGAGAAGAAGGGGACUCCGCAUGCAACAGAGCAACAUUUGAAAGUAACUUUUAAGUGGAAAUUGUCUCUACCUUCACCAUAGGGCUAUUUUCGAUUGAACUCAACAGGCUUCUAAAUACAGUUCAAUAGCACACCCAUCAUAAAAAACUUUGAACAGUAUCUGUGACUGAAAACAUUCAGUAUUUAAUCCACCCAGGAUAAUGUAGGAAUAUCCUCCCGAGAUCUUUAUUAUAAAACACUAUUCGUCAUACAUAUGAAGAAAAUUUUGUGGCAGAUUAUUUGGUAAGAUAAUAAACCACAUGUAGAUACAAUGAAAUUUCUUACAUAGUAAGUAUCAGUUACCAGUUGGUGCUCCUUAUUAUAAGGGGUCAUUAGUUGCAAGCAUGGUUAUGUGGUAUUUGUUAUGAAUUGUAUUAUUUAUAGUGGCAAGAGGUUGCAGUCCAACGUAUCAUUGUUAUUUAAAGAAAGGUCACUUUAAUUAAAUUAUUGUCAUCAAUCUGA